AGACGCAAGAAAAAAGAGGAAGAGAAAGCAAAAAAGGAUGUUGACGACACCAAAAAGGAAGCUGAGAAGAGUGAAAGUGAUAAGAAAGAGGAGACGACUGAAAUGGAAACUGAUGCCAAGGAAACUGAGAAGGAAGAUAAAGAAGUGAAGGAGAAAGGAGAUGCAGAAAUGAAAGAAUCACCAACUGAAGAAGAGAAAAAGAUAGAUGAGAAAGAAGCUGUUGGGAAGACAGAAAAAGAUGGGGAUAAAGAAGAGACGGUUGAGGGAGGGCUGGAGGAGGAACUGUUGUUAGGAGAUGAUGGAGAAGAUGAUGCUGACUUGUCAAUUAAAGAGGAAGAUGAGGUAAUCUUGAAAAAAGAAGAUGAAUUAACAGCAGAAGAAGAAGACACAAUUCUUGGUAAAGUAGAUGAAGAGGAAUCUAAGAAGGAUGUUGAACCUGUGAAAGCAGAGGAAAAACCAGAGGAGGAACCCCAAGGUGGUACUGAUGAAAUCGCUGGUGAAGAAAGUCCUGCGGCUGAGGAAGAGAAAACUGGAACUAGGUCAGCUAGAAGGGGACGUGGAAGAGGACGAAAGAAGUAA